AUGAGAGAGUACCCUGGUACUCACUACCCACCCGCCUACCUUGUAGGUAGGCGACUUCAUAGAAGGCAGGUGGCGCACAACAGAAUGCCGGUACCUACGUCUGCAGGCACCGUGGGCCGUCAGGCUGGCUGGGAUGGUCCCACUGGUCAUGAGUUGUCCUUUGAACUAUCGGUCGUCACGCUCACCACCCACCACCAAACACCAUUGCUCGCCUCCAUCCCCAUCCCCAUCCCCGUCCACCCCCCCGGCCUCGUCUCUUGCUCUUUAUUUUUUCUCUUCUCUUCUCUUCUCCAUCUUCUCCCCACCCUCUCUUUCGAUUUUACAUGUUUUCGUCAGACUCGGGCCCGUAUUGUCACAAUCGGCACCAUGUCUGAGCCCGACCAGUGCAUCAUAUGCCUGGACCAUCUGCCUACGCCCGCUAACAACAUCAAUAACGGCACUUCCUCUGACGAUUCUGUCCCCCUCGCCCUCAAAACCCAACUCCGCGAGCCCGAUGAUAGCUAUCUCAACAUUGUCGCUGCCUUGGACGGCUGCGAACACAUUAUUCACGAUACUUGCAUCCGCUCAUGGGCCCAAAAGACCAACACCUGCCCUAUAUGCAGGACUCCGUUCCACUCCGUUCGCGUCUACAACGGCCUUGAUGUAAAAGACAAGAAACAGGUUGCCGAGUUCGACGUCCAGCAAUGGCUCGGUGACAACGCCGAAGAAGAAGACGAAGUCUCCAACCCCUGCCCGGUCUGCAAUUCCGCCGAACGAGAAGAUAUUCUACUCUUGUGCGACAGCUGCGAUGCUGCCUACCACACCCACUGCCUCGGCCUCGACCACAUUCCCGAUGGCGACUGGUACUGCAUGGAGUGCGCCCACGCGUUUGAGCUCACAGAGGAAUCACAAAAUGGCUCUCAGCCCGUCGAUUCCGAAGCACCACAACCACACCCCAGGCUGGUUCGCCGACCCGCUGCUCGCCAACAUCGUGGCUUGCAUGUUCGCACGCGUGCGCGUUGGCGGCGGGCUCGUCGACAAGCUCGCAAUGCCGAGUGGCAAGGUCCCUGGGGCCAGUUCUCUGGUCGUUUUUACGAGAUGAGCGACCUCGACCUCGACAACCUCGACGGAGAGGACGAGGAUCUCGAAAACUUCCGCCGAUUUCAGCAGCUCGAUCUCCAUGAACUUCAACGCUGGCAGCAGCGCAUGUCCAUUGCCAACCGCCUCGGUGCCCACGAUGCCUUCGUCAGCACCAUCCCUCCCCAGAUUAGUGAACGCCUGCAACCUGUCGCAACCCCCCCACCCCCUCCACCUAUACAGGAGACUCGCGAUGAACGAAGGGCCUGGGGAGCCCUCGACAUGGCUCGUGAAGCCGAAGGUGCUCCUACGCCUGGAAAUGCACGCAAGCGCAAGGCCACCUCUUCCAUCGCAUCCCCUGCUGAGCCUAUACCUGAGCCCGAGAGGAAACUGAAACGGCCACGAACCCGCCGUUUACCCACACAUGUCGAACCUUCUACCUCUGCUCCAUCUCCCGCUGCGGCAGGUCCUUCCAAUCAACAACAGACCCGGCCCGGCAUUGACACUGCCCCUGUUCAUGGUUCACCGUCGCGAGCAGGACAGCUCCAACUAACACCAAUCGAGCCCGCCCUUGUUUCUGCCCUACUCAAGGAACUGGAACCCAGUGCGCAGUCGGAAGAUGAGAAUGGUGUGGCGCUACCUAUGCGACAGAUGCCCGAUGCAUCCUCUCCCGCCAUAUCGCCUUCAACCUCAAAUCAUAGCAGCCCGAGGGCCAUGUGCUUGACACCACCCCCGCUCCCCCGACUGAAUGGGCGCCCUACUUCCCCGACGCUUUCCCUCAGCACCCAUAUUGAACCCGUCUAUGCUCCUGCCAAUUAUUCACCGAACCGGUACAGCAGCGACCACAGUGACUCCGAGUCACGGCUUGCGCGCGCGGAAGCGAUCCGAACAGUGGAAAUUCGCCAGCCAAGACCUCGCCGGCCGCAAACCACCAUUGCACGCACGCCAGAUAGCUCUCCGACCAGGCUCACCAUGACUCAAGAGGACAAGAGAAGCAUCAACGACAUUGUCAAGUCGGCUCUGCGGCCACACUGGCGUGCGCAGAAGCUGACAACAGAGCAAUAUGCAACCAUCAAUCGAGAUAUUUCUCGACGACUGUACGAAGAAGUCAAGGGUGCCUCGGUACUUGAUCAAGCCACCCGGCGCAGAUGGGAACAAAAAGCGGACAAGGCUGUCGCACAAGCCAUAUCUGAUCUGACAGCCGCUUGA